AUGUCUGGAUCACAGAAGCUUUACCUCUUCGGAGACCAGACCUACGAGGUCCAGCCACAUCUCAAGGACCUUCUCCGAUACAGGACAAAUCCUGUGCUCGACGACUUCCUCGUCAAGGCAUACGAUGUCAUCCGAAACCACAUCUAUGAGCUUCCCAUCCAAGUACGGGACGACCUGCCAAGGUUCACUUGUGUCGACGACUUGCUUUUGAUGAAGCCUGCAUCGACAAGAUGCAUCCCCUUGGACAUGGCUAUCACGUGCUUGUAUCAACUAGGUGUCUUCAUCAGUCAGACAGACCUCGAGUACCCUCGCUCAGAUAACGCCCGCGUCUUGGGGUUAUGCACUGGCACUCUGGCAGCAGCAGCUGUCAGCUGCAGUCGAAGCACGCUCGACCUCAUCCCACUGGCUGUGGCAGCAGUAUCCGCCGCAUUCAAGACUGGAAUGCACGUCACCGACCUCGCUCAUCGUGUUCAACCAUCGCCGGAUGCCACGACGGGUCUCACUUGGUCGAUGCUCGCCGCUGCCUCUGAAAGCACCACCGAGGCGUUGUCAAAAUUCUGCCAAGAGACAAAGUUGCCGUUGACUGACAGGCCUUAUGUCUCCGCCGUUGCACCAAGUGCCAUCACCAUCAGCGGCCCGCCCAAUUCUCUGGCGAAGCUCAUCAGCUCUGAUCACUUCACUGGGAUCAGAAUCAAGCGCAUUCCGAUCUUCGCUCCUUAUCACUGCCCGCAUCUCUGCUCGCAGGAUGAUGUUGAGGAGAUCGUGGCCGGCUUGGACGCUACCACUGCUCAGCGUCGUAACGAGACGCCUGUUCUGUCAACAGCAGGCACUGUUGUCGGUGUCGAGAACUUUGAAUUCCUCCUCAAGGAGGCCAUUUCGCAGAUCUUGCUCCAGCCAAUUAGCUGGUCUGGUAUUAUUGACGAAGUGCAGAAAUGGCUUAACGCCUCUGAUGCAGAGUCCUUCAACAUCAAUGCCAUUGCAACGAUAGCAGAUCAAGUGAUCUACAAUGCGCUCAAGCAAAGUAGCCUGAAGAACUUAGUGUCUUCAGCACCAGCACAACCCAAGCUGAACACCCCAGAGCAAGCACCUGGGAAUCCGAAGCAACCGAAGCUUGCCAUUAUUGGUCUCUCCGGACGAUAUCCUGAUGCGAAGGACAACGAAGCCUUCUGGAACUUGUUGUACCAAGGUCUCGAUGUUCACAAAGAAGUGCCUGCAUUUCACUGGGACGCCAAAACCCACGUCGACCCAACAGGCAAAAUCAAGAACACCAGCACCACACCAUAUGGCUGUUGGUUGGACAACCCAAAGGAGUUUGACUGCAAGUUUUUCAAUAUCAGCCCUCGAGAAGCAGCAGAGAUCGAUCCUGCCCAGCGCAUUGCACUUAUGACUGCAUACGAAGCCAUUGAGCAAGCAGGCCUUGUUCCCGAUGCGACACCAAGCACUCGACGUGAUCGUGUUGGCGUCUUCUAUGGCGUAACAAGCAAUGACUGGAUGGAGACCAACUCCGCCCAGAACAUCAGCGGCAAUCGAGCCUUCAUCCCAGGAAGGAUCAACUAUUGUUUCAAGUUUUCUGGCCCAUCGUAUGCAGUCGAUACUGCUUGCUCCUCCAGUUUAGCUGGUAUCCAUAUCGCCUGCAAUGCACUUUGGCGUGGAGACAUCGAUACGGCUAUUGCAGGCGGUACUAACGUCCUCACGAAUCCAGACUUCACGUCCGGACUUUCGCGAGGGCACUUUCUUUCCAACACGGGCAAUUGCAAAACGUUUGACGAUGAUGCCGACGGAUACUGCCGAGGUGAAGGUGUUGGUACUGUGAUCAUUAAGCGUCUCGAUGAUGCGAUCGCCGACAAAGACCCGAUCCAAGGCAUUAUCUUGGGUGCGUACACCAACCACAGCGCAGAGAGUGAGUCGAUCACUCGACCACACGUGGGUGCUCAGCGUGCCAUCUUCCAGAAGAUCCUGAACCAAGGUGCUGUCGAUCCAUACGAUGUUAGCUACGUGGAGAUGCACGGCACUGGCACUCAAGCCGGAGACGCCGGCGAGAUGUCCAGUGUCCUGCAGACGUUCGCUCCACCACUUGAUGGAGUCAAGAAGCCUCGUUCAGAGGAUCAGGCGUUGUACCUUGGAAGUGCUAAAGCGAACAUCGGCCACGGAGAAGCUGUAUCAGGCGUUUCGGCUUUAAUCAAGGUGCUUCUCAUGAUGAAGAAGAACAUGAUCCCGCCUCACGUAGGUAUCAAGAACAAGAUCAACCACAAGUUCCCCACGGACCUCGACAAGCGCAACGUCAAUAUUGCCAUGAAAGCCACCCCAUGGGAGCGAAAGGGAUCCGGACCGAGAAGAACCUUCGUGAACAACUUCAGUGCUGCAGGAGGCAACUCCGCAUUGCUGCUCGAGGAUGCUCCGCUCGUUGGAGAAAUCGAAGACAGUGAUCCUCGAACUCUUCACUUGAUCGCUCUCUCUGGGAAGAACGGCAGUUCUCUGCAAGGCAACCUACAAUCCUUGCGAAACUAUCUGAGGCAGAAUUCGGAGGUUUCGCUCAGCCAGUUGUCUUACACCACAACAGCACGCAGAAUCCACCACCAGCACCGCGUUAUGCUGUGCGGCAAGGACGCCAGCGAGCUCUGUCAGCAAAUCGACAAGGCAGCCGAAGACAAAGUCGGCAUGACCAGGCCCAAGAGUGCUCCGAAGGUCUUGUUCACUUUCACUGGAAACGGUGCCCAGUAUCCUGGCAUGGCCCGCGAGCUUUUCGAUAACUUCUCCGUCUUCCGCAAGGAGAUGCGCCGCCUCGAUAAGAUUGGCCAAAAUCUUGGAUUCCCGUCCAUGCUUCCCGUCAUCCAAUCGACUGAGCAAGACAUCGGUAUGUUUGCCCCAACGCCAGUGCAACUGGCCACGACUUGCAUGCAGAUCGCCUUGACCAGGCUUUGGGCCUCUUUCGAGAUCAGACCUGCUGCAGUGGUCGGCCACUCCCUUGGCGAGUACGCUGCCCUCAACGUAGCAGGUGUAUUGUCCGACACGGACACCCUUUACCUUGUUGGCAAGCGAGCGCAGCUGCUGGAGGCCAAGUGCCAGGUUGGCACCCACUCCAUGCUGGUCGUCAAGAGCGAUGUCAAGACUAUCUUUGCGGCACUCCGCGACUCCAAGUUCGAAGUCGCCUGCAUCAAUUCGCCUGUCGAGACCGUGCUUGCAGGCCCUAGUGCAGAGAUCGCAUCUUUCAGCGAAACCUUGAGCGCAGCUGGUCUCAAGUCCACGCUGCUCAAGGUGCCAUAUGCGUUUCACUCUUCGCAAGUGGACCCAAUCCUCGGGGACUUCACUGAGCUGGCUCGUGGAGUCACAUAUUCUAGUGCACGAAUUCCAAUUCUGUGCCCGCUCGACGGAAGCGUUGUCGACAAGAUGACUGAGAGCUUCGAUGCCGAAUACUUUUCUCGCCAUUGCCGCGAGCCGGUGAAUAUGCUCACUGCUCUCGAGCAAGCUCAGUCGGAGGGCUACAUUAGCGAUGCCACCACGACACUCGAGAUUGGGCCACAUCCAGCUGUCAGCGGUAUGGUCAAGGCUAACCUGCCCAAGAUUGUCAACUUGCCCUCGCUGCAGCGCGGCAGAUAUGUCUGGGCAACCAUGUCAGCAGCACUGAAGACUUUGUACAUGGCUGGCGCGGACAUCAGGUGGUCUCAGUAUCAUCGCGACUUCCCUUCCUCACACAAGGUUCUUCCACUUCCGGCCUACAGCUGGGAUCUCAAGGAUUACUGGAUCCAGUAUGUCAAUGAUUGGUCCCUGCGCAAGGGCGAUGCUCCAUUGGUCAUCAAAGAGCGUGCGGCAAAGCUCGAGAGCACCACGAUCCACAACAUCGUGGAGGAGACCGGCGAUGACCAGAAGGCGCAUAUCGUGGUUGAAGCUGAUAUCGCUCGUGAAGAUCUCAGCCCACUUGUGCAAGGCCACGAGGUGGAUGGCAUUCCUCUCUGCACGCCAAGUGUCUACUGCGACAUUGCACUUUCUCUUGGUACCUAUCUUGUGGACAAGUACCGCCCGCAACAGACCGAAAGACUGGUCGAUGUCGGCAGCAUGGAUAUCUCCAAGGCUCUGAUCUUGAACUCGGCAGGAAGCAAGCAGCUCCUCCAAGCUCACGCGGAUGUCGAUUGGGCCAACAACGAAGCCAAGAUCCGCUUCAUGUCUUUCAACGCCCGGCAAAAGCUUCAAGAGCAUGCUCGAUGCGUGGUUCGCUUCCAAGAUCGCAGUCUCUUGACUAAGCUCGAAGCAGAGAAGGCCACCAUCAAGAAGAAGAUGCAGAACUUGCGCGACGGCAUUGCCAAAGAGACGGCAGCUCGCUUCAACAGGCCUAUGGUAUACCGCGCCAUUCGUCCACUGGCUCGCUUUCACGACGAUUACCGUGCAAUCGAUGAAGUCGUGCUCGAUAGCAAGACUCUCGAAGCGACCAGCAAGCUCAGCUUUGGCACAGUCAAGAGAGGUGGUGACUAUCACACCCACCCGGCUGUCAUCGAUGCGUUGACGCAGUCAUGUGGCUUCACCAUGAACUGCAAUGAUGCUGUCGACCUUGACAAGGAAGUGUUCAUGAAUCACGGCUGGGCAGGUUUCCAGAUCUUCGAGCCGAUCGACUUCGACAAGACGUACACCACGUACACCCAGAUGCACGAGGGCAACGAUAAGCUCUGGCACGGCGAUGUUGCAAUCUUUGACCAAGAUGACAAGAUCGUUGCGAGCUUCAAAGGUAUCGCCAUCCAGGGUGUGCCACGCCGUGUCCUCAAAGUCAUCUUGAACAAUGAGAGCAGAAGCGUCCAGCCAAAGGGAGUGGAGGCGCCACCAAAAGCUGCACCAGUCGAGAAGGUCGCACCAGCCUCAGCGAAGGUUACCGCACCUGCAAAGCCUGCAGCUCGAACGGAACCUGCGGCGCUCGCCCCUGCCCCGAAGAUUGGUCAAGCUCUGACAAUUGUCGCCGAGGAGAGUGGUAUUGCUGAGAACGAUCUUGGCGACGAUACUGUCUUCGCUGAUGCAGGUAUUGACAGCUUGAUGGGCUUGACUAUUUCCGCUCGAUUCAAGGAAGAACUGGACCUGGACCUCGACUUCAACUCGCUCUUCUACGAGUACCCUGCUGUCAAGGAUCUCAAGAAGCUCCUCGGAGAAUCAGGCCUUACCGCAGGUCCACAGUCUACGAUCAGAAGCGAGCCAGAGUCGGAGAACAGCAGCGACUCUGGUCAUGAUGCGAGUGGCUCAUCUGACGCGGGUUCCGAUGCAGGAACUGGCGCAACGACUCCAAUCUCCUCUAUUGGCACACCUGAUUCGAAGAAGCAUGGUUCCAACGUGAACUCCGAGGUCUUCAAGAGCGCCUUGUCCAUCGUCUCUGAGGAGUCUGGGGUAGCUGUGGGAGACCUUACUGACGAGACCGAUUUCGCCGACAGCGGUAUCGAUUCUCUGCUCUCGCUCGUCAUCGUCAGCCGACUCCGUGAUGAGCUCGAACUCGACAUCCAGCACGAGUCGCUCUUCCUAGAGUGCCCUACCGUCCGCGACCUCAAGACCAUGUUGUGUGGAGAGACUGCCGAGCCAGCUGAGUUAACUCCUCCAGCUAUCGAGGAAUUGGAAACGCCACCCAAGCCAGCCACGAUUGCUGAGCCAGAGGCUGCCCCAGUCAAGAUGAGAUCCGCAGAACAGAUUGCUGCCCUUCCAGCACGCAAGCAGGCUGUCACCGAAUUGGUCAAUAAGUACACAGCGGGCUUCACAGCGCCUUCUCCAGAUCCAAACGGAAAGAUGCCAGCCGAGAACGAGAAGGUCGUCCUCGUUACCGGUGCCAGUGGCAGUCUCGGUGGCCAUCUCACAUACCACUUGGCUAUGCUCGAGGAUGUCAAGACCGUAGUCUGCCUCAACCGCGAGAACAGAAAUGAGAAGUAUGCUCGUCAGCACAAGGCUAUGAAAGAGAAAGGUAUCCGCUUCCCUGAUAACCUGCGACACAAGCUGUUGGUCUUCCAGACCGACACCAGCAAGCCAAAGUUCGGGCUUACAGACGAGGAGUACGAGAAGCUGACAGGCUCUGUCACCCAUCUCGUUCACAACGCCUGGCCAAUGAGCGCAAAGCGUCCACUUGCUGGUUUCGAGCCUCAGUUCCAGGUCUUCCGUAACCUCAUCGACUUCGGAUGCGAUGUGGUCUCUAAGAGACCAGCCAGCUUCAAGUUCGGAUUCCAGUUGGUAUCUUCGAUUGGAGUUGUGGGCCAGUACGAUAUUGACAACUACAAGCCCGGCACUGGAAUGAAGCAGAUUGUUCCCGAGGAGCGAGUUGAUAUUGACUCUGUCCUCACAAACGGAUAUGGCGAGGCCAAGUGGGGAUGUGAGAGGAUGCUUGACGAGACUCUUCACAAGCACUCCGAUCACUUCCGCACUAUGGCUGUCCGCCUUGGUCAGAUUGCGGGUUCAAAGACAUCCGGAUAUUGGAACCCAAUGGAACACUUCGGAUUCUUGGUCAAGAGCUCGCAGACGCUCAAUGCUCUCCCCGACCUCGAUGGUGGCCUCUUUUGGACUCCAGUCAACGACAUCGCAGGAGCACUUUCCGAUCUCGUCCUCGCUGACAAUACACCAUAUCCCAUCUACCACAUCGAGAACCCCGUCGGCCAAUCAUGGAAGGAUAUGACCAAGAUCCUGGCAGAGGCACUUCAUAUUGAUAACAUUGUUCCCUUCAACGACUGGCUCGAGAUGGUGAAGAAUGCGCCUCAGAAGGACAAUCCGGCUUCUACGCUGCUCGACUUCCUCGACGACAACUUUCUCCGCAUGUCAUGCGGUGGCCUGGUGCUGGACUGUAAGAAGACUGUCGAGCACUCGCCUAUUCUUGCAGCUUGCGGUCCUGUAUCCGACAUUGUUGCUCAAAAGUAUAUCCAGAUUUGGAAAGAGAUUGGCUUCCUGAAAUCCACUGCGGAAGAUCGAGCUCGGUUUGAGGAGAUUCGGGAACGUCUUUGGGGCUCCGCUCCAGCGGCCAAGUGA